AUGUCAUCGGUAAACAAAGGCAUUGGAUUGGACAAGGUCAUAAGGGAGCUCACUCUUCCUGCAACAGUCUUGAAUCCAACAGACAGUACAGAAUCAGCAUUUGUGUCUGUGACCGAAGAACGAGGAGGCGUCAUAUACGCAAUUAUUAUUACGAAAGUCUACGUCAGAAAACCUCGCUUGGCAGGACUGGGAAGUGAGGUGCGUCAGGGUUGGAAAAAGCACUUCAUUGAGACACGUGAAGUUCUCAUCGAUUCAGCGAUGGUGUAUCAGAUGCACACCCUCUGUGCACUAUCCACGCUCUUUCUCCAAUCCCUUCUCACCGUUCCGACAACGGUACUUUCGCCGUCCGAAUUUAGGAAUGAAACCUCUAUUGCAUCACUAGGCGCCACUAACACCUCUUCAAUUGUUCGUAUAGGCUUGACUUCCCUUCCUUCAUCAAUCUCUUUGACCUUUGAUCUCUUCGGUUCUCAAAUCCCGUCUUCUGCAGUCAACGCCGCCUUCAACGGCGCCAUCACUAGGAUUCACCCUUUCCUCCAAAGUAAACCCGACGAACCCAUCGCGAACGAUGACUUUCAGUACCGUGCUGUUGGCGGCAGUGUACAGAUUGGCGUUGAGGCGAUUCUGCAUCACGGAGUAUCAUGGCAGCAAUUGAAUUCUGUGCUGCGUCAGGCAUCCAGUUUCAUGAAUGGUGAUCCGGGAGCCGGCCGGCAGCAUAUGCAAGAGUUAUCAUUCGAGAUCAUCGAAGACGGGACCAGGACGGGGGAAGGGCUCGUCUCAUACCGCCCUUCCCGCGGCCUUCAAUUCCGAGAUCCUACACUGCUCAAUCUGACGAACGCAAAAGACACAAAGCUCCUGUUGGCUCCCACGGACCCCUUACUAAUUGCGCUAAGAGCAAAAACCAUCCCUUUCCGAAUACCCGACACUCCCUUCGCCCUAAUCUUCGACGUCCUCGGCGACGCGAUUCCGAUCUUAUCGGUCUGGGCAGCCUUCGACGGCGCCCGCUCGCAGAUCAUUAGCCCUCUGGGUCAGCAUCCCUCCUCGCCUAUCCCUAACGACCAGUUCGAGCACGAGGAAGAAAGUGUUCGUAUCACUGUUCUUCCCGACAAGGGGAUCAUCAUCACCUGGAAGCAGUUGUCGUGGAUCUUGGACGGAAUGUACGCUUUCAUGACCGGAGCGCCAGAACAUUACCAGCUUUUGACAUGCGAUAUCAAGUUCGUAGGCCAUGGAAAGGUGGGGUCUGCGUCGGUGUGGUAUUCCCGCGAGCUAGCUUGA